UCUCUCUCUCCGUGUCGGGGACGCGCCUCCGGUUCCGUCCUACCGGCAGCGGCGGCGGCUCCGUGUCUGCUGUCUGAUGCACCACAAGCCGGAGAGGAUCCUCCGCGGCUCCGGCACCGAUUAAACGGAUUAAUCCCGGCCGCGCUUCAUCCACCAGGAACCGAACUUCACCGGGACGUUUGGACGUGAACGGUGGCUGCAGCGGCUCAACAAUUAAACCUGAAGCUGCAGGACUCCUCCAGGUGUGACAACAGCUGGUGGACUGUGACUGGAUGAGCCCAGCCGUCGCUCAGAGCCUCCGUCCCUCCAUCAGCCCCAGGAAGGAUCUGAUGACAGCACUGCAGAGAGAGCAGAGAAAAGAGCUCCUGCUAUGGCCAGCGCAGCUGAUGGUGUAGGAAGUCUGGGAGCUGAGCAGAACCACCUGAGCGUCCCGGUAGCCGACCAUGGAGCCUGGGCCACGGCCAUGAACAACCUUGGCAUCAUGCCGGUGGGCAUCAGCGGGCAGCAGCUGGUUUCAGACUCUCUGUGCAUCCAGAGGUUCGAUCCUGGUCUCGGUCUCAUCGCCCCCAUCAACCCCAUGAUGGCAGGAAUCAGUCUGGUUCCUCCUCCGGUUCCCUCCGAGCUGCCCAUCAUCAAGGAGAUCAUCCACUGCAAGAGCUGCACCUUGUUCCCCCAGAACCCCAAUCUGCCUCCCCCGUCCACUCGUGAGCGUCCUCCCGGCUGUAAGACGGUGUUUGUCGGCGGUUUGCCAGAGAACGCCACGGAGGAGAUCAUCAGGGAGGUGUUCGACCAGUGUGGGGAGAUCAUCGCCAUCCGCAAGAGCAAGAAGAACUUCUGCCACAUCCGCUUCAGCGAGGAGUUCAUGGUGGACAAGGCCCUCUACCUGUCAGGCUACCGGAUGAGAAUCGGCUCCAGCACCGAUAAGAAGGACUCGGGGAGGAUCCACGUGGACUUCGCUCAGGCCAGAGACGACCUGUACGAGUGGGAGUGUAAACAGAGACUACUGGCCCGGGAGGAACGACACCGACGGAAGAUCCAUGAAGACCGACUGAGGCCGCCGUCACCUCCUCCCAUCGUCCACUACUCUGAACACGAGGCGGCGCUGCUGGCUGACAGACUGAAAGACGACCACAACUUCAACGAGGCCACGGCGGUUCUGUUCACCUGGAUCGACCGCGGCGAAGUCAACCGGCGGACUGCCAACCAUUUCUACUCCAUGAUCCAGUCGGCCAACAGCCACGUGCGCCGGCUGAUGAGUGAGAAAGCUCAGCACGAGGAGGAGAUGGAGCGAGCCAAGGAGGUGUUCAAGAACGCCCUGAUGGCCAUUUUAACUCAGUUCGAGCAGAUCACCGCCGUUUUCACCGCCGCCACCAGGCAAAAGGCAUGGGACCAUUUCUCAAAAGCACAGCGCAAGAACAUAGACAUUUGGCGCAAGCAGUGUGAGGAGCUGAGGAACGCCCACAGCGAGGAGAUCAUGGGCAUCAGGAGAGAGGAGGAGAUGGAGAUGUCCGACGACGACUCGGACGAAAACCCCUGCAAGAAGAUGAGAACGGAGGAAAACGGAGUGUGCGAUCAGACCCAGGCCUCCCUGAAGGAGGAGAACGACUCGUUGCGCUGGCAGCUGGACGCCUACAGGAACGAGGUGGAGCUGCUGAGGAAGGAGACGAGAGGAACGAGCCGACCGGACGACGAUCACAACCCGACCCACGGCCACAAUCCAGAGGCUCAGAUCCAGCUGCUGCAGCAGAACAUGCACAACAUGCAGCAGCAACUCCUGAGUCUGCAGGAGAAGCUGUCGAGUAAAGAAGCCGAGCUGGAGCAGGCAAGAGACGAGCAUCGAUACCUGGAAGGGGAGGUUGUCACCCUCCGAGACAAGCUGCUGAGCGGAAACGGUGAAGCUGUGGAGGGAACCAACGGGGAGCUGCAUGAAAAGGGGAUCAAUGGAUGUGUUCCUUCAUUUUAUCACAGCAGAGACAGAAGAGGUGAACUCAUCGUGAGAGGAGGAGUCGCAUCGGAGAAAGAAGCUCUUCUUCUGGGUAUUAUAUCGACCUUCCUCCACGUCCAUCCGUUUGGAGCCAACCUCGAGUAUCUGUGGUCGUACAUACAGAGACUGGACUCAAAGGUGUCUGCAGGGGAGCUGGAGCGUCUCAUGGUCCGACUGCCCAACAUGUUCAGGCAGGAGCUGAGCGGCGUCGGCGCCACUCUGGAGAAACGCUGGAAGUUCUGCGGUUUCGACAGCCUCAGCUCGGCGUGACGCAGGGACAGCGCACACACACGCCGGGAAGACACGUGAACACAUGAACACACCAACUGAACACGCCUCUGAGCUUUAUUGGUAUACGUGUGUGUGCGCGAUCCUCACACCUCCAGCAGCGAUGGCGUUCAUUCAAGCAGACACUGGAAACUUUGGAGGAUGUUCAGCCACGGGAAGAAUCCCAAAACCUCGACAUGUUUGAGUCCAGGUGAAAACCUUUCUGCAGAUGUUUAUCACGAUGAACUGCAAGCUUACAGACAGAAAAGUGAAGGCACUCCUUCUGCCUGCGCUUCAGACUGGUCCUCGCUUGUCUUGCUGUUGGCAGCCUGGAGCCUGAAACACCCAGCAGCAACCCACUCAGCAGAAACAAAGUUAUACCAAAGUUGAACCUUCAGAGAUUUCAUGCCAAACCUCAUUUCACUGGCCGACAAAUGGAGCCUUCGUUCUCCUACUGCAGUCCAGGAACUGUUUGAACAGGGGAGUUUCUGCUGGGCUUCCUUUGGCCUGAUGGGACCACAGAUAGAUCACUUCCUUUUAUGAGAUUUGGGUCCAGUUUGGAAAAGAGUUUGUACACCAACUCUACAUCUGUUACUUCAAGGUGUCCUUGAUAUCGAUGCUGGGAUUAUAAUUGGGGCCAAUCACGGCUAACUUAAGCCUAUUCUUUGUUUACAUCUGUGUCAUGCUGGUGUUGCAAAUUUGAAUAAUUUUGUCAAAAAAAUGCAUCAAUAUCAAUCAAUAAUUGAUUUAUCCUAUAAAUUGAUUACACUGAACAAAUGUUCAGAAUAAAUAUUCUGGACUGAUUUUGCUGUUUUAAGUCACUGACAAAUGAUACAGACUGCAAAGGUUAAGAUUAUGGCUGAGAAUGCUGUUCUUCAUGUAUGUACACUGGUCGGAGGUCAUUAAGCGUCACAGCAGACUUUGUCAUGGUGCCCAUUUACUAGCUAAACCCCUACAAUGUUCUACACUUGCCAACACGUAGUUUUACAUUGCCAAAACAUUCUGUAAUACAUAAUUGUCCGACUGCACACCUCUACCAUCGUGCUAUAGGGGGAAAACCAGUCUGACUUGUUCGUAUUUCUUUAAACCACUCAUAGUCGUUGUAGGCGGGGCUAAGAGAAGGAUGCGGCUUUGUGAUGAGCUUUCCCUCAAAAUAAUGAUGAGUUUUGGUUGAACGUUUCCGUGUAGAGAGCAGGGCUGCCUUUCUGCACCAUCAAAUUCCUUUGGAAAAAUUUGAAAUAUUUAGCAUGAUAGGUUGCUGCAAGGACGUUGUUGUUUUUGUUUCCAGGAGUGAAGAAAACAUGCGGAUAACCAGCUAAAUUGAGAGGCCAAUAGCAGUCUGAAACCUGCAUCCUACAUCCAGUGAGUCAGACUAAUCCCAGCAUGUUUCACAACUAUACACUGGGCAGGUUUUAUUAAACAUCACAGCUACAAUGUUCUCUGCUUGCCAACUUGCCAAUAACAGUAAUCAGUAAGACACUCCACCUGGUGGUACAACCAGGUACUACAGCAAAUCUACAAUAUUUGAAGUGUGCAAUGUGUCGGAAAAUGGUUUUUACAGAUGCUAAAUUUUAAAUGACUUGGAUGAAAUCAGGGGCAAAACAAAACUUGAUAAGAGAAUCAAGCAGAAAAAAAGAUCGUCUUAGUAUCUUUGCUCCCAGUUUGAUUUAACACAAAUGCGCUAGCAGGAGUUCUCAGAAAACUUUGUCACGGUGCUUCUUUGCAAGCUAAACCCGCACAAUGAUCUCUGCUUGCCAACACAAAGCUGCCUCCCUUUUUUUGUCACUACAACUUUAAAUAGUAAGAAGCUCCACUUGGUGGCGCAAUCAGGUACUACAACAACACUACAAUACUUGAAGUGUGCAUUAUAAAGGAAAAUGGGAUUGACAGAUUCUAAAUUUCAAAUGACUUGAAUCAAAUUGGGGUCAAAAUAAAACAGAUCAGGACACCUCAUCUCCGUGUCUUUUUUAAUCUUAGCUGAUCCUGAUCAGAUUUAACACAAAUGCGCUAGCUGUAGCUCACUACGUGUCACAAAAGACUUUGUCAUGGUGCCCCUUUACAAACUAAACACAAUGCUAUCUGCUUGCCAACACAGACCUGCCUCCGUCUUUUGGUCACUACAACAUUAAACAGUAAGAAGCUCCACCUGGUGAUGCAAUCAGGUACUACAGCUAAUCUACAAUACUUGAAGUGUGUACUGUAAAGGAAAUUGGUAUCGAAUUGAAAUAUUAAAUGUCUCAGAGCUGCAAAACUUGAUCAUGACUGCCAUCCGACACAGACAAACACAGGAGCUAUCAUUCAGUCUUUGUUGCACAGAUACUGAUGUACUGUGCAUGCAUGGAACAGAGUCAUCCAAGUGGACUAGGAAAUAGAAUAGUAGGUUAAAGAAUCAUACAUCAGUCUUGCUGCAUUCGUUUCGGGUUUAAUUUGAAAGUUUAGGGACCUAAUUACAUACAUUUACUGCACACGAUCAUUGGUGGAGGUGAGGUGAACAACACUGAUUACCUCAUUACAGUCCAGUGUUCUGCUGGGAAACCUUUGGUCCUGGCAUUCAUGUAGAUGUUAGUUUGACGCUUUGCUGCUCCUGGAUGAUGAUGAGCGACAGUUUUAGAGUUGGUGUUUAAACUCAUCCCCCAAACCUGAGACCAUAUUAUAAUUUCUUACUACCAGACUUCAUCGGGUUUAAAAAUACUUAAUAAUAAAGCAGGGAAACCGCUCCAGGGGUUUAAAAUAAUCUGAGCGACUAAGUGUGAAAACACUCCAGGCCUGUUUAAGAUCCUGGGGGGGGGGGGGGGGGGAUACUUGGGGGAAACUGCAGGAAAAUAAUGGACACAAAGAAAGAAAAGAGUUAUGUUCAGCGACGGGACGAUGUGAGGGAGGGAGGACAGAGAAUUCAGUCAUUCUGCUUAAUUUAUUUCAUUAUACUGUAUGAAGAAACUGUUCACUGAAGGCAGCAGACCGAAGGGUCUCACUGCCACGACUUACAUAUUGUAAUUAAAUACGAUGAAAUGAAAAAAUGCUCCAGACUGUUUGUACGUCUCAGAGUUGAUAAGAGUUUAGUUCAGCUUCUGGAGGAAGGUGAGCGGUGUGAUAGACGAGGAGAAGAUGCCACACUCCUCUUCAUUUCUAGUGUUUCUAAAGACCACAGUGCUGUAAAUGUAUUAGAAAUGAUAAUUAGGUGAUUUUGUAUUGCACCUCCAUAAAGGUUAGGGGACUCUUGUUCUUUCAUUAUUAAAUAUCCCCUCUGGAUGUGUUUUAAGACAUAUGAAAAUACUCUGCUCAAUAAAUUGUGUCUGAUAUAUCAUUUCCCACUAAAAGCUGAGUUAAAUGCCCACUUUUUCACUUGAAAUGAAAAGCUUUGUUCCUGAAAUGCUUCAAUCCGAGUGUAUUUGUGGUGCAGGCUUGAGUUUCCACGUCAAAUUUCUGCAAGUUGCAUACUGAGCUACAACUGUUGGUGCUUUGAACUCAGAUUUAUGGUGCACAGAGAGAAACGUUCCCCUUAGAAAACUGUGAAAGCGGCACUUUUUUCACACAAACAGCGCAAUUAUGGCCCAUUUAUUUAAAGCAUAUUAUCAGUAUUAUUUCAUUUUCUGCUUUGUUUCUUUUGAUUAAUUUAAAAAUAAAACAUACUCAUGUAACAAAGAGAAGUUGUGGCAUCAUAUGUGGAUGAAUUUUGAGCAAAAAUUGACUCAUACAAAGGCGUAUUAAACGUCCCAAGCUGUUGUGGCUCUAUUCACCUGUGGCUACAAUACACACAUUAAUGGAAAAUUCACUGGAAAAUUCCCAUAAAUUUUACUGUAUUUGUUCAGAUUCACAUUUUUCCACUGAAGAUUUGUGUAAAAUGCUUGUGAGGGGCUUCAAGCAGGAUGAUGUAAGAAGCUGCUCAUGACCACAGAGCUGCUCCUGAUGCAACGCAGGCGAAACACGCUGCCGCUAACGGAUGCAGGUAUGUAGACGCACAUGCAGGAUAUCUAAAUAAAAAUCUAGGCCACGGCUCCCCUCUCUUCAGUAAAGCCUCACACAGAAUGCAUGAUCGUUUUUCUCUCUUCCUGCUUGCGAAUCUCCUUCAGCUCGAGAAAAAUUAAUUCCAGGGAGGAAUCACUGACUCACUGAAGUUCACACAAAGGAAUUCACCGGCUUUCAUGGAUGCACUGCUCUGCUGCAGGCCUGCACACGCUGCCACUGCAGUCUCCACCAAGCCUGGAGUUCCUUUUUUUUAUGUGUCGAGACUGAAGCAAAUGCAAGAAGAGGAUGAAUUGCAGAUGCAGACAGGUGCACACAAACGCUGAGGCCGAGCUGAUCCUGCUGCAGCUGCUGGGAUAGAAUCACAGUUUAACAUUGUUUUAUGUUGAUUAUAACAAACUAAUCCACUGUAAACAGAGGUGUAGGUGAAUGUGGAAUGUAAUUAAGUAAAUUUUCUCAAUUUCA